GGAGCGUGUGUGUGAGAGAGCGAAGCGAGUGUGUGUGCUGGAUGAUUACGCACGGGAAAAUAUGAGUAGCGAGUUGCAAAGAAGAAAAGUUGGUGGAGAGCGCUUGCGUGCGAGUUGUUAAGAAGCGAGCGAGCGACAUUGAUUAUUUGGCAGCGAGUCGACCAGCAGCUAGCCUGGGGAGGAAAAAUGCUUCGGCGGCCUGACGGCACUGCCAAAUGUGAACGACCCUAGCAAUGGGCAGCAAUUGUUCGUCCAGGCAGGCCCACAAGGACAAGGACAACAACUCACCUUGCUCCGAAGAGUCACCUUGCUAUCAAUUGGCAAAGGUCGAGAACAAUGCCAAUGAGACAAAGAACAAUCACAAGGACGAUGGAGGUGGUGGAGGAGUUGCUCACCCUGACGACGGCAGAACUACUGCAACUGCAGUACCGAACAAAACAAAUACCGCACAAUCAAAAAUAUCAUCAAAAGAAGAGAAACAGAGACCGAAAGAGCCGCCACUGUCCUCUGAGCUGCUCAAAUUCCCUGGUCACCUGGCCAAACUAUUGACAGGUCGAGCGCCCGACUCAAGCAAGCCCAUCAAAAAGACGCACAAGAUCGCCCUUUAUGUAUGCGCAGCCGACUCCCAGGAUUGCUGCGUUGAAAAAGGCGUACUGCACAAUUUUGUGUACCCUGAGCUCAGGUCCAUUUGCAGAGGCAAAGGGUACGAACUGCAUAUCGUCGAUCUGCACUGGAAAACGGCGCUUGAGAAGCAGCAGGACCAUGAGUUCCCAGAACUCUGCCUCGGAGAAUUAGCUCGCCAAAGCGAAAUCGCAUAUGUUAUUCCCAUCAUUUUUCUGAACGACUCGCUCGGAACACCUCUACUGCCAAAGACCAUCGAGAAACAGGACUUUGAAUUUGCCCUCAACAGCGCCGAGAACAAGGAAUUGCUGCAGAAAUGGUACAAACUUGACAGUCAUGCCCAACCUCCAUGCUACAGGCUGCAACCGAUUGGCUCACACAUUCCAGGCGUCAAGGAAGAGGGAGAAAAUGAAGUGGCCCUCAACGAGUGGCGCCUCGAAAUUGAGCGCAUCCUGGCCGUCAUGGUGGAAGUGUUUCCAGCUGAGUUGCGGGAUACAUAUCUGACCACUGUGGUGGAGCAGGAGGUGCACAACACGGUGCUGAUGAGCCAAGAGUUAGCCAAACGAAGCAUAUGGGUUUGGAGGGCGAGUGCCCCACAAUCUGCCGAUGACGCCGCAGAGAUCUCCACGGGUUUAGUUGAGCAACGGCGGCGUCUCGAAAUUCUUCAAGAUAACCUUAAAGGUCAGCUGGCUGAAAAGCACAUCAUCAGGGUGCAGGCCAGGGACCCUGAGGCCGAACAGCAGAAACAGUACGCACAAGACCUGGCGGAAAAACUGGACGCACACUUGCAAACUGCCGUCACAAAGAUCAUCUCAGAAGAUUUGGCAAAGGACCCGCUGAAGUCCUGCUUAGGAGUCAGCGGAGAACUCUUCCAAGAACUGGUACAACAAGCAAACUACUGCCAGAAAGCUGCCCAAUGCAACAUCAACCGAGAGGAAGUAUUGCAGCAUGUUAAAAAUUACAUUUUAGAGAGCAGCACAACUCCGCUUGUUCUGCAUGGGCCAAAGGGUUGUGGGAAAAGUGCCCUGGUGGCAAAAGCCUUCCAAGCCAUCAAGGUGUGGCAACCCGAGGCGUACAAAAUCAUCAGAUUCACAGGUCUCACACCUGCAAGUGGCACAAUGGAGCAGCUGCUGCUCAGCAUUGUGAUGCAAUGCUCCGUUCUUGCUGGGUGCGAGGAUUGGUACUGCCCACACAGUGUGUCGACGUACGGAGAACUGCUGCCAAAGUUGUUAGCGUCGGCUAGUUCUCGAAAUCCACUCAUCAUCAUGAUUGACGGAAUCGACCAAGUUAGAAGCUUUGGUUGCCAGUCUUGCGAGUGGCUCCCCGAGAAUCUUCCUGAAAACCUGAAGCUGGUACUCUCGGUUGACGAAGACAGUGAAAUGUUCCAGACCAUUCAAGCCAAAGUUUCCGACCCAACCAAACUUGUUAAGGUCCCUCAACUGGGGAAAACUGAGGCCAAGAGCAUAUUGAUGUCUGCUGUGGUGCAGUACAACCAUAGCAUUAACAAGCAAAUCCAAGACUUUGUGCGCAACUCUGUCAUGGAAUGCACUUUACCAUUAUAUAUUAAGAUCUUGUCAUGGCAGACUUCAUUGUGGGUUGACAAAGAGCACACAAUCCUUCCCAAGGGGAAUGUCAAGGAUCAAUUUCAUGCAUUACUCGAGGAACUUGAGACAAUCCUUGGCCAAGUCAGAAUCAAAAAAGCAUUAUCACUCAUUUCUGCAUCUAAAUUUGGACUGUGCGACUCAGAAAUGCUGGACUUGCUGGCACAAGACAGUGUUUACCACAGUGAGAAGACUUAUGUACCAUGGGCACCAGCCUGCCUCUUUUGGGCGCAACUCAAUAAAUACCUUGCGCCAUUCCUCGAAUGGACCAGGGUGUCGGGUGGUUACUGUGUACGCCGCUGGAGAGACAUCAGCUUCCAACAAGCAGUCAGCGACAGAUAUAUGGACGAAGAUUCAACCAGGGAGGCGCAUGAGAAGCUUGAACAUUAUUUUAGCAAAGGGGUGGUUAUUGCUGAUGGACUUUCAGCCAGAAUAGUUCAGCAACCAAACAAGGACACUGAGUUAUACAACAUCCGAAAGCUAGUUGAGCUUCCUUAUCAAACAUUUGCUGUGAGUGGGAGCAUCGAAGAGCGCUUCCUACUUGACGAAGAAUGGCUGCUGGACAAAGUGUGCGGCGCUGAUGUAUACCAAACGCUUGAAGAUUUUGCUUUGGAAGGGAGCGGUGACGAGGCGGCCACCCUUCGGAAGUGCUUGGAAGAAAGUAGCCAGGCUCUGGCCUAUGACGGCCGACAGCUGUGGGCGCAGCUGCAUCUCCGCCUCUCACACAUAUCACUUGAGGGCCAACCCCGAUUGCAAAGGCUGCAAAGCAUGUGCGCGGCGCCGCCGAUCGCCUCGUUGAUGCCGCUGGGACCAUUGGAGCCCUCUGACGAGCCACAACCCAUCAACUUAAUCACGCGGCUGCCUGAGAUGGUGCGAUUUGUCUGCACAUUGGCCACUGAAAAGGGCGAGGUGGUCAUUUGGGACGUCUGCACCGGCCGCCAAAUUCGCACACUGACCAACGUUCCGCAGCCAUCGGCCAUCAAGCUCAUCGAUUGGCGUCGGUGCGUUGUUCUCUGCCGCCGAGAGCUCACCGUGUUUGACCUUGACCAGGGUCAACUACUCAAAAGAUUGAAAGGCGUGAUGAACCAAAAAAUGCCCUACUUUGGUUUGCACGACGAGCACCACCUUGUCGCCCUGUCCCGAAAUCGCAUGUAUAUCAACCUGAUGAACCUGGAAACAGGGGAUUGCGUGACCACCUUCAAAGCGGGCGAAGACCGUUUCCUCGACUCUCUGCUUGUGUCCAAAGAUGGUCGGAUCUUGGUGUGUGGAGACGAAACUCAAAAGCCCUUCCCGUUGUUGGUGUGGAGCCUUACCUCAAGAAAACUCAUGUACGACUUGCGCAUUCCUCAUCACGACUUUGUCACCAGUCUCGCAGCCAUCACGGACGAGGGACAUUACGUUUGCAGUGUCUGCAAGGAGGUAGACGAGCCGUCGCCAAAUUUCAUAAUUGUCUAUGACCUUCAAAGUGGCACCUUGUUCAAAAAGUGGAAACCUGGCGUCAACACCGUUUCUAUUGCAAUCUCAUCAUCACAGGACAAAUUCGUGAUUAGUGGACACGAAGACUCGCAAAUUUUGGUUUGGGAUUUGACGACCGGUAACUGCCGACACACUCUGAGUGGACACACUGCCCCAGUAACCAUGCUGAGAUUAGACUCAACUGGCUCCUUCUUCCUUUCCACUGACUCAUUGUGUCGUGACCGUUCAUUGAGAUUAUGGAAUCUGAGUUCUGGAACCUGCAUAGCUGUUUUCACGCCUGACUAUCCAUUCACUGCAUGCGAAUUGGCCAACGGUGGCCGUGCAGUGAUACUAGCAAUCAAAGGCCAAGCAGGGAUAUUAACGUUGCAUUUAAAGAGCACACAAGAAGAAGAGGAAAGCCAGGAACAAACAUACGGUGAUUCAGAAAUGGAUGGCCAAGUUGUUACUUUAAAUGAUGAAGACUUUCGGUGACAAGCUAAUUUAUAAUUCUGUAUAUGUGUUGUCAAGACAAAACUCAAGUCAGUUUCAUCCUUCAUUUCUCCUCAUGUCAAAUGAAUGUGUCAUUAAAAAAUAAAGCCCAUGAUAUCAACU